UCUUGCGAGGGGAUGGUUUGGUUCCAUCGUUGAUACCUAUUGGCCAACUUGGUUUUGGUUUGUUUUGUUGAUUGGGUUGGUUGUCCUUAACAAUGCUUGAAUCCUCUGAAACCAGCGACAUGUGUCUUUGAGUUCGUAAGUAUCUCUCGUCAAUGAAUCGUUCAAGCUCUUCAAUUGAUUCUGAAUCAUCAAAAUAUUCUUAUCCAUUUUGUAUUUGGUAAAGUUUUGUCGUAUUUAUUUGCUUCAUCAGCAUGGAUUAACAAUCAUGGCAUAUUUGUUCAAUCAACACUGAUUUUUCUAUUUUCAUACACUUGCAAUGUAUUAAAAGUACAGUAUAAUGUUAAAUAUCCAACCACCAACCACUUGAUACCUAAGCAUACUGUAAAUCGUAUUGAUUGAUUCUGUAAUUCAUUCCAUAUAGCCUACUUUAACUAGCCUGUUGUCUUCAAUUUUUAAGCGAUUUUUAAACCAACACAUUUUAAUAUUGUAUUGCAUGUUUUAUAUAUUUCUCUAACCCUUUUGUAUGCGAAUUGCCAAUGCCAAUAAACCAUCAUAAAUGACGUUUUUUCCAGUGACAUCGCGUAAAAAUGUUACAGGAUCUGUAUUCAUUAGGAAGAAAUAGGAUUGGCCAGGGGCAAAUGAUACAACAGGAUAAAUAAAUGUGCUCAGAAAUGUACGACGCUGUGCGCAAUAAGGAACGUGUCACCAUAGAAAUAGAAUCUAUAUUAGAAAUUCCAUGCUCGUCACAAUGUCCUAUAACAUACAUUUGAAUUCCAAAUUCUAUGUGUAUUACUCAGAGGUUAAUUUAUUCACAAUCACAACCAACCUACAGUAAAUCGAUAGCAAACGCGAAUUCUUCCUUCAAGUCAAUCAAAACAUCGUAUAUUUUUCCCUGUUCUCAGUAAGAAAAUGCUCAAGAGGCAAUUCUGUACACUGAAAGCCCAGGGAAGGAUCCCACUGGACCUCCCUCUGAGACCAAUGAAGGCCUGGCUCCUGGCAGGGAAAAGAGUCUUCUUGGAGUGAGUGCAGUGUUCUCAGACUAUUUUUGAAUUGUACAAAACAUUAUACUUCAAGGUAACUUGAGUUUAUCACAUCAUUAGACAAGUGUAAAUGAUAACCCGAAUGUAUCAAAAUAUAUCAGAUGACAGCAAUAGUUUGAUAGAUAGUGUAGACAGACAUAGUCUGAUACAUUUCAAUAUUCACAUGAAGGCGUGAGACAGAGACAUGGAAGAGAUGGAGGAAGGUCUGUGUAGCUGAAUUGGUGAGGACUAUGUAGAGCAAACAGUACACCCACUGUAAAGCACUUAAGAUAUCAGCUAGCUCAUUUUUGUACCCAAAGAGAGAAACAGUUGUAAUUUUUCCCAACAUUUCAAUGAUGGACCAGUGUCCAGUCUCACCUGAUACAUCAACGGUCUGUUAAUUACAUAUUAUGUUGUUACAUAGACUUGGGAUGCAAAGAGGGGCCUGGAAUUACAGGAGACAGAGAGAGUUGUCCUGGUCAGUUGCCAGAGAGUUCAGGAUGAAUUAAGGAUGUCCGAUGUCACCGUGGACACGGCGCCCAACGGAGCCAUCCAGCUUCUGAAAGAGGAGUGUUGGAAGUUGAACUUCUUGCAUCUAAAGGAUGAGACAUGCCAGGCCACUGAGCUCACUGAGCUGUAUGGACAUUCUGAGACCUCUUCAAAGGAACCUCUAAUUGAAGAGAAAAGUCCAAAGACCAAGUGCCCGGCCAGUGUCGCUAGGGCUGCUGACAUUCACAACACCAAUGAGGAGGCUUCAGAGGAGUCUCCGAAUAACGAUGUGGUGGACUUUCAGGAUGAGCUGCUGGCCCUGGUCAGUGUGGAGAAAGGGGCUGCUGGAGAUGGAAAGGUCCUCAGCAAGGUGGUGAAGCCCAAAGGGUGUCUGAAGGAGAGCUGCAAAGAUCAGCUAACCCCAAAAAUCUAUGAUAUGAUUACGGAACUACCAAAGUCCUAUUUCGGAUCCACUGAGAGCCUUCCUGAGAUGUGGAGCAGAGGUCCAAAGGUGUGCAGUGGAGUGCCUGAGGUGUCAAAUGCAGUGGGAGAGGUGUCCAGUGACACAAAGACGACAGAAGCUGCUGACGACCUUCUGGACACUGGAAAUGUCCUGAGUAAGGCGGUGCAGCUAUCCACCCAGAGCCAUCCUGAGGUGUGCAAUGGAGAGGCUGAGCUGUGCAGCGGUCCUGAGGUGUGCAGUGGAGUGCCUGGGGUGAGCAGUGGAGGGCCUGGGGGUUGCAGUGGAGUGCCUAUGGUGUGCAGUGGAGUGCCUGAGGUGUCAAACGCAGUGGAAGAGGUGUCCAAUGACACAAAGACGACAGAGGCUGCUGAAGACCUUCUGGACACUGGAAAAGUCCUCAGCAAGGUGGUGAACCCCAAAGGGUGGAUGAAGCAGGACUGGGAAGAUCAGCUGACCAGAGACUUCAAUGAUAUGAUCGCAAAAGUCCCAAAGUCCUAUUUCGGAUCCACCGAGAGCCUUCCUGAGGUGUGCAGCAGAGGUCCUGAGGCGUCAAACGCAGUGGAAGAGGUGUGCAGUGACACAAUGAAGAUAGAGGCUACUGGAAAUCUUCUAAAAACUGGAAAUGGCCUAAGCAAGGUGGUGCUCCUAUCCACUGAGAGCCGUCCUGAGGUGUGCACUAGAGUGCCUGAGGUGUUCAGUGGAGGUCCAGAGGUAUGCAGUGAAAUGCCUGAAGUGUACAGUGGAGAUUCUGAGGUGUGCAGGGAAUGUCCUGAGGUGUUCAGUGAGGUGCCUGAGGCACCAAAUGCAGUGGAAGAGGUGUCCAGUGAUUCAAAGACAGAGGCUGCUGAAGACCUUCGGGACACUGAAAAUGUCCUCAGCAAGGUGGUGAGAUCCAAAGGGUGGCUGAAGGAGGGCUGGGAAGAUCAGCUGACCAAAGACUUCAAUGAUAUGAUUGCAAGACUCCCAAAGUCCUAUUUUGCAUCCAACGAGAGCCUUCCUGAGGUGUGCAGCGGAGUGCCCGAGGUGUCGAACGCAGCGGAAGUGGUGCGCAGUGACACAAAGAAGCAGAAGAAAAAUGGCGUUCUACGAUUCUUCCGACGUGUGUGGAAGUUCUUCACAUGCACCAACAGCCUCCCCAAAGAGCAGUGACUCAAGCACACACAACUCAGGGCCAAACUUUCUCCACCAUCUCCCCCUUUCCUUCCAACUGCCUAUUUUUAAUAAUACAAAUAAAGGGGAUCUGAACCACAACAAAAAAACUGUUU